CCUCUUCCCUUCAUUGCUGUUGAUGUUGUUUGGUCUUUUUUUUUUGUUAAUUUGUUUAUUAAAGGAAAACCCGCACCCUCACUCUCAGUCUAGCUCCCUGCUGCUUCCACAGCUACUUAAUUGUAGGAUGUAGGAUGGUGCGUGCUAGCUGCAGCUCACUACUACAACUGUACUAGCUAGCAGAUCGCAGCUAGUAGCAGAGAGGAGAGGAGAGGAGUUGAUCUGAGGUAGGAUAGGAGAGCAGCAGAUCAGAUCAGAUCGAUCCGGGCAGGCGGGCAGCAUGGCGUCGGCAGGUGGCUGCAAGAAGAAGACGGGAAAUAGUCGUAGUAGGAGCCCUCGUAGCCCGGUGGUGCUGCGGAGGGCGAUGCUGCAUUCGUCCCUCUGCUUCCUGGUCGGCCUCCUUGCCGGCCUCGCCGCCCCCUCCGACUGGCCCGCUGCCGCCGGCGCCGCCGUCUUCCUCCGCACGCUCCGUGCCAGCAAUGUCAUCUUCAGUCGCAGUAGCAAUAGGCCGCAGCAGCCGCAGCUGGUGGUAGUGGUCACCACCACCGAGCAGUCCGACGACUCCGAGCGGCGCGCCGCCGGGCUGACGCGCACGGCGCACGCGCUGCGGCUGGUGUCGCCGCCGCUUCUCUGGCUGGUGGUGGAGGAGGCCCCCGCGGAGAAGCACGCGGCGCCGCCCACGGCGCGGCUGCUGCGGCGCACGGGGGUGGUGCACCGCCACCUCCUCAUGAAACAAGGAGAUGAUGAUUUUAGCAUGCAGAUAUCGAUGAGGAGGGAGCAGCAGAGGAACGUGGCUCUGCGCCACAUCGAGGACCACCGCAUCGCCGGCGUCGUGCUCUUCGGGGGCCUCGCCGACAUCUACGACCUCCGCCUCCUCCACCACCUCAGGGACAUCAGGACAUUUGGUGCGUGGCCCGUGGCGACAGUGUCGGCGUACGAGCGAAAGGUGAUGGUGCAAGGCCCACUCUGCAUCAACACAUCCUCCUCGUCGGUGAUCACCCGCGGCUGGUUCGAUAUGGACAUGGACAUGGCGGCCGGCGGCGAGCGGCGAGCGGCCGCUGACCGGCCGCCUCCGGAGACGUUAAUGGAAGUGGGCGGGUUCGCGUUCAGCAGCUGGAUGCUGUGGGACCCGCACAGGUGGGACCGCUUCCCCCUCUCCGACCCCGACGCCUCGCAGGAAUCAGUGAAGUUCGUGCAGCGGGUGGCGGUGGAGGAAUACAACCAGUCGACGACGAGGGGGAUGCCGGACUCCGAUUGCUCCCAAAUCAUGCUCUGGCGCAUCCAAACUACGCUCUAGGCUCUAGCUAGCUUAAUUUCAUUCUUCUUCCUUAAUCAUCGAUCGUCAAUCUCCAAAACCCACACUCCUACUCCUAUCUAAGACAAAUACCUGCAUAUAAAUAUAUACACACGUAUACGUGGUGUGUUCACGUACGGUUAAUUAAGCUGCAAGGAAGUACUCCGCAAUACUACAUGCA